AUGAAGAGCAUGAGGACUGGUGGAGGGACCCCCGGUGGUGUGCAGACGCACGGCCCAGAGUCCCCCGUCCUGGGGUCGCCGGGUCUUGUGUCAAGUUUCCAACAGACCAAGGAAGACUCGAGCGCUUCUCAAAACGAGGGCGUGCCCUUUUUCGCAAAGGACGCUGUUGCCGCCGCCGCCGCUGCUGCCGUUGCCGUUGAAACUCGCAACACAUACCGCCAUCGCCCGCUGCCUACACCUCCUCCAUCCAAGGCGUCUUCGACCAUGGCUGAGCGGCCUAGCACUAGUGGAGGGCUUUCACCUCAUAACUACAGUACCACCAGCUUCAGAUCCUUUGCUGAUCGACGUAUGUCCAAGGAUGACCUGUACCUCAGGCCUCAUUCUUCGGCACGUGGUGGUUACAAGUCGUAUCACAUCCCAAUACGGGACAAUCCAGCAUCUCCGGUAGAGAGUACUGGCGACUUCUCACACGACUUCUCGCCGGCGCGCACAUUUACAGUCAGAACACAAACGCCAGAUUCGAUGGAUAGCAAUAUGGGUACGAUAGCAAUAGGCAUGGCCAUAGGGAGCCCGACACAUCCACCUCCGGACUUCACAGCGUCGCGCGAAUUCCUCCCCUCGCCGAUUCCCGCACCGAGAGACGAGUGGCAACCGCAGGCAUCCAGCUUAAGCACCACCAUGAUGAGGGCCUCACCAACGCCAGAGCCGACGCAGGACAUACCGGAACCCGUGCCGGCGCCGAAGCAGAAGUCAGGAAGGUGGAAACUAUUUGGCCGUUCAAAAAGCAAGAGACUUGCUUCAUCCCCGGUCGCUAUAUCACAGCCCAUGAAUCUUCAACACCCGGCACCAACGAAGACAGAGUUUGACAUUUUACCGACGACAAACCAAGCCACCAACUUGGGAAGACGGAACACGGAGAAGAGGUCGGCGGACAACAAACCUGCCAUGAAGCGCUCACAGACAGCUGGCCUGGUGGUCCCGCCGAGCCCGAAAGAUUCCAAGCCCCCUAAACUACUGAGCAGGAUGGCAUCCACAAGAUCAACCAGAAGCGUAAAGAAGUCGGAUAUUUCUGCGCCCGUUCACGUGUCUAUGGGAGUGCCGGCGUUGCCGCCGAAGCCGUCGGGCGGUUUCUUGGACGUUGAAAUUCCCAGCAUCCAGAUGGAGAGGUAUAGUGUUAUGUUUAGUAACGUCCUGGGACAACCACAUGGAUCACAGGAUUCGGGACCGCAACGAUUACAGCCUUCGUCUUCGCUCCUGGCAAGGCGGCAGGCCACUUUGGACAGACUGAAAACGAUCAAUGAUCAGGUUACGAGGGACGACGAGGAGAGGGAACGUAUGAGGGGUCGGAGUGCAACAUCGCCACAGCCGCUCAAAUCGCCCACGUUUUCACUUUCACUUUUCCCCGCCACGCCAUCGGAAUCGGCCAAUAACCCGCCUCAGUCGCCCCGUUUCCGCGCAAACACUUCACCCGCUUUCCUGUCGUCUCCUCAGAGGGCAAGCUUCGAGCCUGCCGCGGAGGAAACGAGCCCAGAAUAUAUCAAGAGGAAGACUCCAUCACCUGAGAUGAGCACCCGGUCUCAUCCAUUGGAUUCCUCCGCCGUACACGACUUCGUCUUUGGCCCCGAGCAAUCCGGCCUCGUGCUCGACUCACCCACGGACGAAAAAGAGUCUGAGGAGAUUCACGUGACGGAGCAGUUGAAGCCGACCAUCUACGAGCCCGCAUGGCAGAUGAUCACCACACCGGGAGAGUCCACCGCCCCGUCAAGCGCCGCGCCUAGCGCAAAAGACCACUCUCCGGCCUCAAUGACCUCGGUCCACACCCACGUCACAAAGCCGUCCCUGGAUGAAUCCGAGCCCGACGAUGCGCUCCGUGCCGCCGUGGAGAUCUCGAUUGCCAGGCAAAUCAGCAUCUCCCGGCAGCAGCGCCGGAUGCUCCGCCCCUUGAAGACGAACGCUGUCCGCGCUGGCGGUAGCCCCGGCCUGAGAAGCCCAGUGACGACCAUCACGGUGGGCAAGAACGAGCGGCUAUCUACGACAAAGAGCUCCACGCCGACGCUCAUCAGCCACGGGCAGACAUCCGAGCAGCAAAUUGCGCAAAACCGCAAGAGCUCGCGCAUCAUCGUCGAGGACGACCAGGUGUGA